CUCGAAUGGGCCUCUUGAAUCCGGCUUACUUCGACCCCUGGGACUCUCUCUCUCUCUCUCGCAAUAAUAGUAUGCCGCGAUGGCCCCAUAUGUUCCCCGACAACGAAAGCACAGAGUCCUUGCCCGGGAACGCGCAGGACAGCCUUCCGCGACAGCAGUCGGUCAAUCCAACCAAGAGAUCAUUGUCCCAUUGAGCCAGUCUGAACGGGAGGAGAAAAAGCGCAAACUGAGGGAAGAAUUGAGGUCACAGCAGCCGCCCAAGAUAUCCUCCAAAAAGCAAAAGCGCCUCGACAAGUACAUUGAAAACAAACUUAAAAAGGAUGAAACACUCGACAUACUACGCAAGUUGGAGAAGGAGAAGGAGAAAUACGAUGCUGCCACGCAGAAUUCGACGAAUCUAGGGAAACGGACAUUUGGCGACUUUAUCACCGGAGAGGGGCCUGCCUAUGCGCCGGUGAAAGGCGCAGCGAACAAGCAGCAGCAAGAGGAAGAGUCCGACACUGAAAGCGAGGAUUCCUUCGAAGCCGAAAACAGGGAUGCAUUUGCUACCGAGACCGAGGACGGCACUGGCAUAAAACUGCCGACCGUCGCUGCGACAUCCCAUGGGAGCGGUUUGGCGCAGCCAUUGGCCCUGGAUGAGAACGGGUUGCCGUUGAUCCAGAGCAGAAAGAGCAACAAGCGGAAACGAGUGGCAGAGGCUAUUCCAGAAGAAUUGCCAUGGGAAGGAUUCGAUACGGAACCGAGUGAUACCCCCUAUUCAUCUGAUGAAGAGGAGGAUUCGGGUGCCUCGUCAAUGUCGGGAACUGGUGACUUGGAAUCCGACUCCUCCCAAAUAGCAAGUGAUGACGAAGAUGAGUCUGAUCUUGACGACGAAGAGUCUGAAAGUGACACUUCAACAACGUCUGAUCAGGAGAAACCAGCUCCAAGGAAGUCUGCUUUUAAAGCUUGGGCCACGGCGCAAUUGAACCAGUCUGUUGGACAUACACCAUCGUACAGUGCAGGUGAAGGACAGCUUUUGCCAAAGCCGGACCUUCCAGCGCCAAAGCCGCAAGCUACUCACACCUAUAAACCUGGCACCCUCCCCAAAGUACCUGAAUUGCAGCCAAAUCGCAUGGCAUAUACUGUUCAUGUCGAAAGGCCUGAAGACAUACAGCAGACCCGCUCUGCCCUUCCCAUCCUACAGCGGGAACAGGAAAUUAUGGAAGCUGUUCAUAACAACCCGGUGAUCCUCGUCAAAGGCGAUACAGGCAGCGGAAAGACUACGCAGCUUCCUCAAUUCCUCUUCGAAGCUGGGUAUGGAUCACCAGAUGGGCCUACACCAGGAAUGAUUGGCGUAACUCAGCCUCGUCGUGUAGCUGCAGUCAGCAUGGCGAACCGAGUAGCGACAGAACUAGGUGCCUUUGGUAAAAGAGUUUCAUAUCAAAUCAGAUUCGACAGCACCGUGUCUCCUAAUACUGCGGUCAAAUUCAUGACUGAUGGAAUAUUGUUGCGAGAGUUGUCGCAAGACCUAUUACUGAAGAAGUACUCGGCGAUUGUGAUCGAUGAGGCUCAUGAAAGAAGCGUCAACACAGAUAUUCUCAUCGGUAUGCUCAGCAAGAUCGUGCCAGCACGCAUGCAGAAGAGUCAAUUCAACCCGGACCCGAAGCCAUUGAAGUUGAUCAUCAUGUCGGCGACGCUCAACAUUGGAGAUUUCCUUCACGAGAAGCUCUUUUCGCCUACCACGAGACCACCAAUCGUUGAAGCGGAAGGCCGUCAGCACAGAGUAACUACACAUUUUGCGCUGAGGUCAAGGGGAGAUUACGUCGAGGAGGUGAUUGAAAAGGUCAGGCGUGCCCACAGGAAACUUCCCAGAGGGGGUAUUCUUGUCUUUCUUACGGGACAGAAUGAGAUCCGAGAAGUUGGUGGUCGGCUAAAUGCACUUCUUGCUCCACGAAAUGAUUCUGGCACAGGCGGCGCGGCGCUGCCUCGCGUUCAAGUCGCGGCGAGCGAAGCACCACUAGAAGCUGAAGAUUUGGAAAUCGAGGAUCCGAAGGCCUUUGCUGGAGAGGAUGACUUUGACAUGGAGAUCCUGACUCACUCUGAAGACGAAGCAGAAGAAGAUGAGUUUGAUAUCUCCGAUGACGAGGACGAAGGUGGUGAUGGGACUGGCACUAUACCUGCGCAGUCUACAGUCCCCUCGACACAAGAGCCCUACACAUCCGUUCACAUACUACCCUUGUAUUCUCAAUUGCCAACAAGCGAGCAACUCAAAGUCUUCGAACCCCCACCUCCGGGAGCACGCAUGAUUGUCCUGGCGACCAAUGUGGCAGAAACCAGUUUAACUAUUCCCGGCAUUCGAUAUGUCUUUGACACAGGACGAAGCAAGGAGCGCAAGUACAAUCUCGACACUGGAGUCCAGAGCUUCGAGAUCGACUAUAUAAGCAAAGCCAGCGCGCAGCAACGAGCAGGGCGUGCAGGUCGUACAGGACCAGGCCACUGUUGGCGUCUGUACACGUCGGCCGUAUAUGAACAGUUCUUCCCUGAGCACGCUGAGCCGGAGAUCCUCAGAGCACCGGCCGAGAGCAUAGUCCUGCAACUAAAAGGCUUCGCCUACCCAAAGCCAAUUGCAGCCUUCCCUUUCCCAACGCCCCCAGCUGCUGCGACUCUGAACAAAGCCGAGCAAUUGCUCAAGAAUCUAGGUGCCUUGACAGAUGCCGGAACCAUCACUGAUCUGGGCAAACAGCUCUCCAUCUACCCUCUUUCUCCUCGGCUGGGCAAGAUCGUAACCGCCGGCGUCACGGACCACAGUGUCCUCUGGCACAUUCUGACCCUGGUCUCCAGUCUCGCCGUUCCGGAAAUCUUUGUUACCGAAGCCCAACUCGACUUGACCUCCCCAUCGCAGCAUGGCGCAGUCUAUACUCUCGAAAACCAACAAGAUGACGACGAGCGCGACAAACUCAAGCAAGCAUUCGGCCGUGCCCGCGCAACGCUCAGCAAGUCGGACAAAGCCUCAGACGCCCUGCAGCUUCUCACCGCGGUGACAAUGUAUCUGAGCGCCGCUGACAAAGAGCAGUUGUGCAAAGAUCUAUUCCUGCGACCCAAGGCCAUGGCCGAAAUUGCCCUUUUACGCAGCCAGCUCGAAUCGGUUGUCCGCGCCAACAACCGCAGCAUUUCAAGCGAAGUCCUAAUGCGGAACAAAGCGACAAAACUCACGUCGAGCAAAGCCAAGCUUCUCAACACCAUCGCUGCAAGCGGCUACAUCGACCAAGUCGCCAUCCGAUACGACCGAAGCCCCAACCCGCCAGAUAUGGGUGCCUCGAGCAAGCCCCGCCGGGCGAUCGACGUGCCGUACCUCCCACUCGUGCCGUUGCAUGAUCGCGCAUCCGCGGCCGUGGUCGAGCGCGCGGUCUACAUCCAUCCAUCCAGCGUUCUGGCCCGGAUGAACGUGAAGGAGUUGCCCGAAUACAUCUGCUACAGCCAUCUGCAGCGCGCGCAGGAGCGAACCGUGGCCGCUGCGGUUGGUGGGACGGCACCCGUGCCGAAGACUAGAAUGUUCCCACUCACGCCGCUUGACGGGACACAGUUGGCGUAUCUCGCCAGGGACACCGCACUGAUCGAGUAUGGCAAGCCGGUGCCGAAGAGCAAGGUCGAGGACAUUCCUGGCACGCCGAAACGGAGGGAAUGUUGGGUGCUCGUCGAGCUUAGAGGCGCAAAGGCUACAGGAGGAUACGGUUGGCCGUUGCCGCCAGUGAAAGUCCGGCAGGUCAUGGACGUCAAGAGUAAGAAUGGGUGGAGAGUCGAGAAGGUCCUAAGCUAAGAUACCCCAUGUGCUUGCACUGGGGAUUCAGUAGAAGAGCAAG